AUGGCUCCUGUGGCCAACACCGGCAGUGUCGCUCUCCGGCCUGCCAUCGUGAGCUCCACCUAUCUCAACCUGGAGGCGACUGAGCAAGUGCCUUCUCCCACAUCCUCUUCCAACAUCAGCAGCACUACAUCUAGCACUACAUCGCCUGCAAAGUACAACAAAGUCGUCGAGAUCCGCACGGAUCACGAUAUUCGUCAGUUCAGGAGGAAUCUCCCAAAGCUCAUUGCUGCCAUGGUCAAGCCAGAUGCCCGCACUCCACCUCAGGUGGACAUCUUCUUCAAGAGAACACCCGUUCCCUCCUCGAGCUCAGUGUCAACCACUGUCGUCGCAGGUGAUAAGAGCAGCAAGUCUGGAUUUGAGGCAAAGGUCAAGGAGUGCCUUGCCAGCGGCCAGCCACUCAAGGUCACUUAUACGCUUCGAGAUGCAGAGCCAACGGUCAAGAAGCAGGCAUCUAAGACUCCGUCGAACGAUGUUGCCGCUCCCGUGGCAUCUACUCCUCCUGCCACCACCACCACUACCAAGGACGUCGCUGUCGCCGUCGCCACUGACGAUGUCCCUGCAGCCGAGACGAAAGUCGCAACGCCCUCUACGCCAGAGGAAUGGGGUGACGCCCUCCGGGGCAUCCUUGACGAGUCAAGAAGUCUUCACUUCGACAUGCGUGCUGUGAUGAAUAAGCAUGUAGACGAGGCGAACAAGAAUCGGGCAGAAGCUGAGGCCCGAAUUUGCCUUCUCAGAGAGGAACUCAACGCAAGCAAGAGUGCUCAGCGCGCUACAGCUGCUUUGCUCAAGGCCUCACAGACUCAUGUGGACCAGCUUGUCGGGUCUCUGGCCAAUUUGGAGAGACUCCCUGCCCCGAAGGAUUCUCUCCACAAGACUGAGGACGUUGUCGCCGACAGAGCUCACCUGCAGGGUAAAGCUUCGUCUAUUGUGGGUGGGAUGAAGGAUUUUCUCGCUGCUUACGCAAAGUUGAUGGGUCCAGACGAACAGGAAUUGUCAUCUUCAACUGGCGACAACCUGGGGCAGCAGCAGCAAUCGACGACCAAGCCUACCGCGGAGGCAUCUCAAAAGGAUGGAGUGUUGCACCCGGACAUCUUCUGCGACGGUGCCUGCGAUGCAGCCGUUCGGGGCCUCCGCUGGAAAUGCAUCUCUUGCCCAGACUUCGACUUCUGCGAUUCUUGCUAUCAGUCAGAACGUGAGACGCAUGUCAAGAAGCUUGGCGUCAAGCACCUCUUCCUCGCCAUCCACCAUCCCAUGAGAUUUUCGGACAUCAGGAUCCCUUCGGAUCGAAUGGCGAGGUUGGCAGCAUCUUCGUCGUGCCGGACAAGGGAGGCCGCGGGCGCACAGCAAAGAUGGGUGUCGAAGGGCGGGCCCUGGCGCAAGCCAUCGGCAGUCGUCAAUGCAUCUGUUCCACCACAGACUGCCCAGACUUCGGCCACAAAGAAAUGCAACGUCUCUGUACAGCUGCUGCCAGAGCCCAUCCCGGCCUCAUCCGAGCUCUCAGCGCAGGAGAAGAGCAACAUCACGCAGAAGAUUGUCGGUGCUGGUGCAGACAUCGGGCAGAAGCUCAAAGACCUAUUGCAUAAUCACCAGCAGAUUCCCGAAAACGUCCAGCGCGCCGAUGAAUAUGUCGUGGACGUCGACUAUCUGACUCGGGCGCAGUACGAUCAGAUUCUGGCUCUGUGCGACCAGCAGAAGCCGACUCCCUCUCGUUCCUCUGAGGAUAUUAGUACUACACCGCACACACAGGCAAGGCUCCCGGCUCAGGCGGAACACGAUGCCGAAGAUGAAAAGUUGGGGUACGAUGCUGUCCUUACUUCGGAGGGAGAAGGUCGACUUAUUGUCGCAAAGAAUACAGGCUCCUUGGCGUGGCACAGAGAUUCACUGUCCCUCCGGGAGUGUCGUGCUGGCGGCGCAUGGUCGAACGCCGGCGCAAUGAUGAUGCGAAGAGCGACUCGCACCCAAUGCAGGAACCUCAUUCGGCCUGGAGAGUGCGUAAAGUGGGUACCAGGCUGGGCCAGUACGAUGGGGACGUCACUCAACUUCCGAAACAAAGAGGCCGGCCAAGACGCAUUCUUCAGAAUGGCCAUUACGCACCCCAAUGGCACCUCUCAACGCUUUGGCGAGCAGCUCAUGCUACCUGCCUCUCCUCCUGCAAGCGCUGUCCCUACAUCUGGCAGCAACGCAGAGACCAGUUCGCCAGUCCCCAGCUCUCAGGAAAGCAAGGAAGCUAAUGCGCCAGUCGAAGAGACUUUAAAUGCCCCUAGCAAGUCUCUCUCAGGAUCCUCCGUCUUGACGAUUCCAGCCGCUCCGGAGGUCACUCAUACCGACGAAGAAGCCGCUUUGGCUGUGUCCAUCCCAUCUCGCCCUGUAUCGCGUGAGCGCGAAGACGAGGAGAACCGCUCUGUCGUUCAUUCAGCCGAGGCCAAGGAGCUCAGCAGCCAACACACUGGACGAACCGAGGAGUCUAUCGGAGAUGCACUCCGCUCCCCUUCGUACGAAGGUGGAAGCACCAACUCUGAGAGAGACCCCUUCGACAGUCUCGCCGAUGAGGAAGAGGUGUUUCUCGACGAGCAGGAUGAGGACGAGGACACCUUCAUUGUCAUCGAUGCAGGUACCGACGAAGAGAGCGUCGUCGGCGCCUAA